AUGGCGACUCUGCGACUGGCGACAUCUCUCUACCCUGAAGAUACCUACUCUGAACAUGAGGCACACAGCUUAAUGCAACGAUGUGUUGAGGAGGCAUGGAAGUCGUACGAAGCCGGGGAAGUGCCAGUUGGAUGUCUUUAUGUAAACCGUUUCACGAAACAGGUCGUUGCAUCUGCAGGCAAUGAAACAAACGAAACUAAAAACGCUUGCCGUCAUGCGGAGUUGGUAGCGUACGACUAUGUGUAUUCAACAUUGGCUAGCCCGAAGCGGGAGAGCUGGUUUCGUUUGGUGCAAGACCUGGAUCUGUGGGUGACGUGCGAGCCCUGCAUAAUGUGUGCAGCGGCGUUAAAAACGUUGGGGUUCCAACGUUGCGUGUUCGGCUGUCGUAACGAACGAUUUGGCGGCUGCGGUACAACGAUGCCCAUCCAUGAAUUGAAGUCGCGCGACUACCGACCGCUCGAGGUCUUUGCCGGGUUCUAUGAGAAAGAGGCGAUCGGAAUAUUACAAUACUUUUAUGAACGCGGCAACCCCCAUGCGCCCCCAGAAAAACGUAAACGCCCUCUCAAGCUCGUAUCCUGCAGACCAGAAAGGGAUAUUGGUAAAAACGACGCAGGCAAAGAUGACGCAGGCAAAGAUGACGCAGGCAAAGAUGACGCAGGCAAAGAUGACGCAGGACCAGGCGCUACUCCGGAGACCGUCGCCACUCUCCGAGCCGAUUGA